AUGAAUUCGUUAAAGUCUUCUCAAAAAGAAAAGGUCAGACAGUUCAUGGCUUUCACAAGUGCUAGUGAAAGGGUUUCCAUCCGAAAACUUAAAGAUUGUAACUGGAAUGUCGAGGUAGCGGUAGACGCUUUUUAUAAUGACCAAUCUAGUGGUAACUCUUGGAGAGGUUUAACAAGUAGUUCAACGGGAGUUGACGCGUAUAAGCUCAACCAGAUCUUUUCUAAAUAUAAAGAUAAAGAUGAAGAUGCUAUUUUAGUUGAUGGUAUGUUAGAGUAUUGUAACGAUCUUGGCGUUGCUCCUGAAGAUGUUGUAAUGUUGGUGUUAGCUUGGAAUCUUGAGGCAGACAAAAUUGAAUUCAAGCGUCAGGGUUUUAUCAACGGGUGGACUAAACUAAGAUGUGAUUCUAUUGAAAAAAUGCGUGGUGCUAUACCUCAUCUUCGACAGUCAUUGAAAGAGGAAAGUACAUUCAAAGAGAUUUAUCAAUUUACGUUUAAGUUUGGAUUAAGUGAAAAUCAAAAAUCUCUAAGUCUUGAUGUGGCGAUAGAAUAUUGGCGGUUAUUGUUGAGUGAUCGUUGGCCUCAUCUUGACAUAUGGAUAGAAUUCGUUAAGGAAAAGCAUGGCAAAUCGAUUUCUAAGGAUACUUGGAACUUGUUACUUGAUUUUAUCAAACAAAUCAAUCCCGAGCUUUCAAAUUAUGAUUCCGAAGGUGCUUGGCCGGUUCUCAUCGAUGAAUUUGUGGAUUAUUGUAGAGAAAAAUUGGGAUUGCCUGCCCCUUAG